AUGGGGAUGCAGAGUACUCCGCGGCCAGCACUAUCAAUACUUCGAGGACUAUACGCCAAUCCUGCUAGACGAACCAUCUCGACUACCAAUGCACCAGCGUCUUUUGACGAUGAGACCGACAUUCUUGUCGUGGGAAGUGGUGCAGCAGGGUUGACGGCUGCGUUAAGAGCGCAGUCCCAUGGCCUUCGAGCCCUGGUGCUCGAAAAGAAUGAAGCGAUCGGGGGAACAGCCGCCUACUCCGGGGGUGCCAUGUGGAUUCCAAACAGCUAUCUAUCCCAGGCUGCCGGUGUAAAGGACAGCAAAGAAGAUGCCUUUCAGUACUUGGAAGCCACAAUUGGGGAUGUCGGGCCCGUGUCGUCUAAAGAACGAAAGGUCGCCUUUCUCGAUAACGGCCCGCGACUAGUGCAGUUUUUACAGAAGGCUGGAUUCCAAUGGCGUCUCGGGAAGGGAGGGUGUCCUGAUUACUAUCCGGAACUACCAGGCAGUUCGAUGUUUGGCCGGACGUUAGAACCAGAUAUUUUCGAUAUGGGCAAGCUAGGUUCUUGGAAGGCUCUGGUUCGAAAGCGCCCAGGACCUCCUAUCGCGGCAUUCGUUACGGAAUCGAACAGUGCCUUAAAGAUGGGAGCUUCCUUCAAGGAUUUCACCACUCUCUUGAAUAUUGUGCUGCGACAGGGGCUACGGACUCUCCUUGGCCAAUCUCCAGUGGCGAUGGGACAGUCACUGAUUGGCCAGCUGCUUUACCUCAACAAGCAAGCUGACACGCCAAUACAGCGGAAUUCCGCGCUGGUCGGCCUGAUCAUGGACAGCUCGACGGUAAUCGGGGCUACGGUCGAACAGGAAGGCCGCCGGAGAACCAUCCGCGCUUCUCGUGGUGUCCUCCUUGCCGCAGGUGGUUUCUCCCACAACAAGGAGCUGAGAGAGAAAUGGGGCCCUUCGCCGGCCAGUGUUGAAUGGACGAGUGCUCCGCCCGGCGAUACGGGAGAUGCAAUCACAGCUGCCAUGAAGGUUGGCGCUGCUACUGCACUUUUAGACGAUGCCUGGUGGGGACCAACCAUCAUCUGCCCCGUACUUGGAACGCCUAUAUUCGCCCUCACAGAGCGAGCACGUCCAUUCAGCGUCAUCGUCGACUCGUCAGGAUCUCGGUUUAUGAACGAAGCGGAACCGUACACGGAUGCUGGUCAUCAUCAGUACAAACGACAUCAGAAUGUCAAAGCUAUCCCAGCCUGGCUUGUUGUCGACAGCUCGUUUCGCAAGCGAUAUAAUCUAGGAAACCUUUUCCCUAUCCAGCCAGACCCAAAGGAUGGCCUGAAGGCCGGCUACCUUUAUAAGGCAGAUACCAUCCAAGAUCUAGCCAGGCAGAUCGACGUUGACGUCCAAGGCUUAGAGAAGACACUACAUCGGUUCAACGGAAUGGCCAGAGCUGGUGUAGACGAGGAUUUCCGGCGUGGUGUCUCUGCGUUCGACAAUUACUUUGGAGACUCUAAGAUUGGUCCCAAUCCAAACCUGGGGGCUAUUGAGAAGCCACCGUUUUACGCAGUUCGCAUUGUCCCUGGUGACCUGGGCACGAAAGGAGGCUUGUUAACUGAUGAGCAUGCUAGAGUGCUCAGAGACAGUGACGGGAAGCCAAUAGAUCGCCUUUAUGCGGCGGGGAAUACCAGUGCCAGCAUCAUGGGUAGGACUUAUUCUGGCGCCGGUGCUACUAUUUCCCCUGCAAUGACCUUUUCUUUUAUUGCCAUAGACCAUAUGGCUUCUUCAAAUAGUGCUUGA